AUGGCUGAAGACGACCAUGGCUACUACUCCGAUGACUCAUCCACGACAUCCAUGAGUGACUCUGUGGACCUUACAUACAUGUGUAUAGGACGAGAGUAUUCCGACUAUUUUAAGGAAUACUUGUUGGUAUACCUCCCGUGUUGGUAUCUUCCACUAACCGUGCACAGCUUACCUGUCGAUGAAGAGGAACUACGCCGUCUCGAAUAUCAACAUGAUCUAAGGUUUCUCAUCAGUCAAGAUGAGAAGCUGUAUCAAGCGCCGCUUUGUGACCCAGGAAGGAUUCUGGACAUAGGGACUGGAACUGGUGUGUGGGCGAUAGAAAUUGGCGACAAAUACCCCUCCGCUGAGGUUGAAGGUAUCGACAUGCUACACCUCCAACCACAGAUGGUGCCGUCUAAUGUUCGCUUCGUGAUCGAUAACCUGGAAAACCUUGACACAUACAAAAACAAUCAUUGGCACCACGUUCAUGCCCGAGAUCUAAACGGGUUCCUUUCUGAUGCCGGCCGAUUCUCUCGCGAUGUUUUCGAUAUUCUCGCCCCUGGUGGUUACUUUGAACGCGUCGAACUUGAUCGAUGGACAAUCCCACAGAACAAACGAUAUCCAUGUCUGUCCGCCUUUCAUCGUCUACUCACCCAAACACUGAAGAAUCCGCUGGAAUCUUCAGAAGACUUGGUGCAGUCCUUGGAGAAAGCAGGGUUUAAGAGCAUUCAGAAGAAGGAAUGGACCAUUGUAUUGUCAAAAGGGAAUAGUAGUCUGGAAUAUUUCAUCCAAUCGUUAUAUGUAUAUGGGUUACGGUUCUUCACAGACGACCUCCAGUGGAACAUUUUGGAGUUUAAUAUUUUCAUCGCAUUGAUUCGGAAUGAGAUUAUGGCGGCAGGCUUUAAACUUAACUUAUACAGCGUAUACGGUCAAAAGCCGAGCACAGGAUUGUAG